ACCAAUACUCAUAGUGAGCGUCUGUAUAGUAAAUUCGAUGAUAUCUGUAUAGGACAUACUGGAAUACAUUAUUCCGCCGUCACUCACACGUGGAAGUAAAUGGACAGUCUAGGUGCUAAUCGGAUCCUUAGCCCGUGGACGCUGACAUAAUGCAUCAAAUGCACCACGCGGUCCGAUCCGUCCAAGGCAGUCCGACUUCAACUCCGAUUGCAGCUCCGCCAUAGUACGACCGCGUUGAUUUUUAUUCGUGUGUGCUCUGUACUGUCCCCAAUGUGACGAUCAUCAAAAACAUGAUCAGGCGCAAUGGCAUGCCAAGCUCAUGUGAGCCGUGUCGGAGAAGCAAGAUAAGCUGUGACCACACGCAUCCAAUUUGUCAAAAAUGUGAAAGACGAGGUAGAGCACGUGUAUGCUUUUAUCAUCCUGCGCCGAUGAGUCGAUCCAAGAACACGAGAAGGAGCCCGUCGCUAAAUCAAGCAGAGCAACAGUCUCAGUCUAGCGUCCCAGGAAGAGGCGUGAACAAUUCUCAUGCAGUAGGGCUCUGGACUACAGUCUCGGAUGAUACUAACGCAUCAUCCACGGAGGCGCCACUGCGAGGCAUAGCAAAACAUGGAACAUUAAGUGAAUCGAAGCUUAACGUCCUUGAGGCCUUAUGGCCUUUUGGCAGAAUUGAGAAAAUGAUAAGGAAGUACUUUGACGUGGCGAUCGGUACUGUUAUACCGGCACCCUUGAUUCUCAAUGCUCUACCUGAAAUGCGAAAACACAUCGAAGAAUGGGACGCCACAGGGCGUUCUCUUGUUGAGGUCUUCACAGAGAUCUCAGAGAAUACUGCGGUUCCAUUCGUUAUUUCGAAAAACCUCAAAGCAGCUGAUUUUCAUCUUCAGUAUACUAAAUGCAAUCUCCGAUGGGAAUUCAUUGGCGUACUUUAUUCAAUAGCUGGACUUGCGAAGCUCAUAACGCCUACAACUCCGAUUGAUGACUCUUGGAAAUUUGACGAGAGCAUGCUCGAUCACUCAAAUACCUGUGUGUCAAUCUGCCGCGAGAUCGGAGCCGAAAACGAGAUAAUGCUAUGGUUAUUUCACACGAAUUGCCAACUAAUCUCGAGCAUUCACGGUGACUCUAGCCCAGGUUUAUGGCGCCGAUUCGGGGACGCAACGUCGGACGUAUUUGCGUUAGGAAUACACAAGAAUCAUGAUGAUGAGAAAGUUCCGUUUUUCAUCUCGGAAAUUCGAAAAUGCCUCCAUUGCUACUUCUAUAGGGCUGACAAGGACCUCGCAACAUUCCUCGGAAGACCUCCAAGAAUUCCAAGACACUAUUGCGAUAUUAGAAUGCCCUUGAACCUCAGUCCGGACGAUUAUUUACUCGAGGGCCCUAUGCUUGAGGCUGCGCUGGCACGCUUAGAUGCUGACGGAUGGAACAUGGUAAUUCCCAUAUCUUGAUACUAGAAGCCUCCUAACGAAUCAGGACCAUAAAGUUCGUCCGACUACUAUAUUACGUAUGCGUUACCAGCUCGCUAUUUU